ACCACCUCUGCAGAGAUUACUCUCCACAAACAGGGCUGUUCGUUUCUGAACAAUAACGGUUAUCUAUUUGACAGCGCGGGCGUCAAAACGGGACCUUGGGGAUUCAUUUCAUGUGCUUGUAGCCUACAUGCCUUAGGCAGCGCCACUUUCAGAUUCUCUCGCCCAGUUUCCCUAGAACGACAGCCCGAUCAACCACAAUAUUCCAGUAAAUUCGAAUCCGGACUUCCGAAAUUCUUCUCCCGCCAAGGGCCACAGCCAUGCUCGCCGCAAGUCUCUCACGUGCUUCCUUGAAACAGCUUGUGGAGGCGGAGGCCCGCUACAGGAAGCAAAGGACCCGCGCUUUGACUGCCUUCGACAGGUUUGGGAAGAAAUCAGGAGCGUUUUAACGCCCUGCCCAGUCUCAAUUUUCCCGUGGGUUGCCCGAAGAGUCCGGAGGAAAAACGGCCACUCGCGGACCGUAUUGAUUUCCUGGCGAGGAGUCGUCGCACUGCACAUGGAAAAGGGUGUUUUUAACCGCUUGGCAUUCGGGGAGCUGAAAUCCUGACCCGGCGCCCGGCAAUUGUGAGGUCUGACUGACGGAAUUGAUUCAAACCCAGCCUGCCACGUGCGUCCUAGGAGAACAUCGAGGAGCACGAGUUUGGUCAACAGGUGGACGACUCGGAGAUCCAGCGAGGGAAGCUGCUCGGCGCGCUCCUAAGGGAUAUACUGCGGGGACAGACUGACUAUCUUCUGUGGGACUUGGCCGAAGGGGUGCAGCAUUGCGGUCCGCGCCUUGCCCUCUUGCCGCUUCCGAGCCUGGAGACUACUUCACAGGGCGCACCGCACGCCCUUCGGGAGCUGCGGAACCCUGGCUCGAGGGGGCGCGAGGAGAAUGAGCCGUUGAGGGGAGCUCGAUAAAGCUCGGGCGCCUGGCUGGCAGAGAGGGAUGGCUUGUCGCGGUCUCUGCUGCUGUCCUUCGUCCAGCUUUGGCACCCUCACCGAAGACACCUCCCGGUUCCUUCUCCUGGCCGUUCUGAUUGUUCUCUACAUGGGUUGCGGAGCUGCCAUCUUCUCCCUUAUAGAGCGGCCCUCUGAGCUGGAAGCCCUUCAGAAGUGGCAGAUGAAGAUUGAAAACUUCUCCCAGAAGUACAACCUGGCUUUGGCGGAUCUGAGGAAUUUUCUGUUUGAGUACGAGUCCGCCUACCGGAUCGGUAUCCGGGUAAACAUAACGCGGCCCCAAUGGGACUUAACGGGAGCCUUUUAUUUUGUAGGCACCGUGGUUUCUACUGUAGGAUUUGGCAGAACCACACCAAUUACAAGACCAGGCAAACUUUUUCUGAUAUUUUAUGGCCUUAUUGGCUGUGCAGCAACCAUCUUAUUCUUCAACUUAUUCCUGGAGCGUCUGAUCACAGUCAUAGGAUAUGUUAUGGAGAUUUACCAUAAAAGGAAGCUAAAGCAAAAACUUCCUGGAGUUGUCCAGCAGGCUGAGAUUGAUGAAGUAGGCCUCUUAGAUGGAUGGAAACCCUCUGUGUAUUAUGUCAUGCUUAUCUUGUGUUUGGUAUCAGUCAUUGUUUCCUGUAGUGCCUCUGCUAUGUUCUCAGCAACAGAAGGAUGGAGUUACUCUGAUUCCCUUUAUUAUUGCUUUGUGUCCUUCAGUACUAUUGGUUUUGGUGAUAUGGUGAGUGGUUGGAAUCCAUACUACAAAAAUCAACAUUUUUACCGGUUUGGCAAUGGUGUUGUUAUAUUCAUGGGGAUAUGUUUUAUCUAUUCCUUAUUUAAUGUGAUCUCCAUUAUUAUAAAACAAUUCUUAAACUGGAUAUUAAAGAAAAUGGGCAGUACACGUCGUAAGUGCCGAAGACUCUUGAGGCCACAGAAAAAUGUUGUGAGGCCAGAGACUGUGUGGACCCAGCGCAAUUUAUCACUUGAGUCAGAUGGUGUCCUUGACAGUGAGACAGAAGGAUCCAGAAUAUCUGGUGAAAUGUUCUCCAUGAAAGAACUCUUAGCCUCUAACAAAGUAUCACUUGGUGUCAUACAAAAACAAUUGCCUGAAAUUCCUUCUCGCAGACCAACAACCUCAUCUAGGCAAAAUGGAUUUGCAGGUGGUGUAGGUGCUUUGGGAAUUAUGAGCAAUAGGUUGGCAGAGACAAGUACUGAUAGGUAAACAUUAAUGACUGGAAUAUGUCAGUAAGUAUGGGAAGAUAAAGAUCAAAUCACAAAGACAGUUAACUGAAGAAGGUUAGUUGCUGGCAGUUUUGUUGCUGGCAGUUAAUAUGGUGUUGCAUUUUGCACAUAAUGGUCUGUUCUUGCUCAAUAACCCCUGCUGAAGACAAUUCAGUGGUAUCAUUUUAUGUAGCCACACUUAAAAGCUUCAGCGAUAUGUGUCAAAAGCACAAGAAAGUAAACAAAACACCCAACAGACUAAAUUUGCUUCAUUAAUAAUUUAGUUUUAAAAGCUGCUGUGUUAUCAUAGCUUAUCGGCUUCAGCACAGAGUACAAGUGUUGGUGUGAAAAAGACAUCUCUUUGAGCCCAUCUGGGACCUUCUCCAUCCCAUAUCACUGAAAUAGCUACUUCCAUUGACUGCUUACCCUGUUUGUCAUCCUUCUUUUGAUUAACUGCUUAUCUAUCCUCAUUGCUCUAGUUCUAGGAUGGCAGUCAAGGAGGUUGUGCAGCAGGCUAGAAGUCCCUAUAUCAAAUGUGUUUUUACAUUAGAUGGCAUGUACAAACCACGAUUUUCUCUGUAUAGGUCAAAAGACUACUCAUGGGAUCAACUGGCAGUGUGAAAUUAAUUUCCCUUUCAGCAAAAAAAAAUAAUUGUUCAAAAGGCUAAGCUAUUAUUCUUUUCAUUUAGAGUAUGUCACAGGAAAACAGUUUAUAUACAUACAAACACACACACACACAUACACACCACAAAAGAAUAGUUGUGUUAGGAGGUGCAGUCAAGAAUCAGACAAAUCAUAGAAUAAAUUCUAAUGAAUGCUCAGAAACAAACAUUUGCUUUUGAGUGUAUAUGUGAAAAGUUCUUCACUGCUUAUUCAGAGAUUUGUUACAGGAAAUCUUCAUCUGCCAGGAUUAUUUGUCAUUUCUGCACACAUCAGAAUUCUGCACUGUGUAAUGUGUUUGCAAGAUUUAAUCAUUAGAUUGAUAUGGAAUGGCAUGUUAGUGCAUAAAAACUUUGUUUUGCCCAUAUGAUCAGGAUCAGGUAUUUCUAAUGGCAAAAUUCUUCUACUAGAAAUAGUGAAAUAAAGUUAGAUUAAACCCAUUAGAACCAUAAAACAUCUUAGCUUUCAAAAUGUAUCUUCUAAUCUCCAUUUUCAAAGCCUGAUCUAAUUUUUUUAUUAUCACUGAUGGAUUGAACUCUUUGGAAAUGUUGCUACCCAACAGCAACUUUCUACAAUUAGGCACUUAUGAUUAGGCACUUUGUUUUAUGGAUGUUUUGGUUUAAAGAAAUUUUAUGACAUUUUUGUAUUAUGUCAUAACUAUGAUAAUGUUUAUGUCAUAAAAUAUUUAUAAACGUUGCUAAAUUUCAAUUCCAUGGGAAUCAUGGACCCCAUAUUUUUGAUGCAUUCUCCAAUUUGAGAUAACUUAAAUGAAUUUGAAAAGUAAAUUAUAAAGGGCAAGUAAAUUCAGUGCUGAAUUAAUUUGGGGAACAACAUGUCAAAAGCUUAUCAUGUAAGUAUCCAUGGACAUGAAAUGCUGGGCAAGUACCAUUUUAACAUAUGAGUAUCUAUAUUCUCCAGCCUUUUUCAUACAGUAGUUCUUGAUGAUGAUAAUGAUAGAGCUUUGAUUAGGAAAGAUGAACCUUCCUCAUUCUGCUAAAUAAAAUCACCCAAGUGCUCAAUGUGACAUGUGAGAACUGUUUUAAUGAUGAAUUAAACAAGGAAACUAGAAAUCAAAUGGAUCAAUAAUGAUUGGAGAACAGCAUUUUACAUUAAAUAUUGAAAUAAAUAAAUUAAAUAGAAGGGAAAGAGGUUGUAAAAAUAAGAGUCACAUUUUAACUUUAUUUAUUCCUGUUCAAAGUUGUUAAAAUUGAUAAUGUUUAUAUGGCAUAACUUAGGCAUAGAUAGAUAUGUUAAAAUCCAAUAUACAAAGAAUUAAUAAAAGUCUUUGCUGUCAUUUGCACUGAAC